AUGGCGCGAAUGCUACUGUGGCUGGUAUCGCUACUCACAUUUUGCAAGGCCUCGGACGUUAUGAAAUUUCAAGUUUUCGAAGAACUAGAAGCUGACACUUUUGUAGGAGACAUUUCAGAGAGUUCCAUAGUCAAAGCAAUGGCCACAAAUGACAAUAUUAAGGGAGAGCUUCGAUACGAGUUCCAAGGAUCACUGCAAACGUCUUUUGGUAUCGACGAAAGCACUGGUGUUAUACGGACUGCCGCGAAGAUAGACCGUGAAAACGUGUCCCUUGGACUUGUUCGCGACACAUUUCAAAUCUUAGUUCAAGUCUCGAAAGGAGUUAUGAAAGCGGCUAUACCGACGGAGAUCAAGAUUCUAGACAUAAAUGAUAACAGUCCCAUUUUUAAGGAGGAUAUUGAGAAUAUUUCUGUUAAAGAAUCUGCGCUAGGUGCAGAGUUGCCAAUAACGGUGGCGGAAGAUUCGGACAUUGGUAACAAUUCUGUUCAAAGUUACGAGAUUGUUGACAGGAAUGACGGUGGGGUGUUUGACUUAAAAGUAUCGCGCCCUACUUCGGAAAUAUUUCAAGUCAAACUUGUCGUGUCGAAAAGGCUGGACCGCGAAAUAAACGACAGCUACUAUUUGGUGAUCGAGGCGAGAGAUGGGGGUAGCCCACCAAGGGUUGGACGCAAAGGUUUGAGUAUCACAGUUCUAGAUUCGAACGAUCACUUUCCCAAAUUCAGCAAAGAUCGCUAUGUCGGCGAGGUUAGAGAGAAUUCUCGUGUAGGAACGUUUGUGCUGAAUGUUACUGCGACAGAUAAAGACAUUGGUACAAACGGUGAAGUGGUCUACUCUCUCCAAGUUCCGCCUCGAUAUAAAGAUCUUUUCACGCUGGACGCGCGAACGGGCGAACUUCGUGUUAUGUACAGUCAUGACUCUGUUUAG